AAAAAAGUUACUUCGAUACAAGCGUUCAUGUCGGCUUAAAAUGCAGCUUGUUUUAUGAAUUUGAUAAAUUGGAUUUACGAAAUGCAUGAUCUUCACACAUGUUUAUACUUUUAUAGAACAUCAUGAAGUCCCACGUGAUUUCGGCUCUCCUGGCGAUGUGUCUUCUCCUUGCGGCCCUGUCGCCCUCGGCGGAAGCUCAACGCGGCAGAAGAGGUGGCUAUGGCAGAAGGGGAGGCUACGGCUUCGGAGGGGGCGGUUUCGGUGGUGGACUUCUUGGCGGGCUGCUUCUGGGAGGUUUGGUCGGAGGCGGCUUAGGCGGCUUCGGUGGUUAUGGGUACGGCUUUGGUGGCUACCCAGGUUAUGGAUAUGGUGGAUAUGGUGGAUUUGGUGGAUUUGGUGGAUAUCCUGGAUUCUAUGGAAGAGGAUUCUAUGGAAGAGGAUUUUUUUAAACCUUUUAUAUAUUUUCUAAUGUCAUUUAAGGCACGUAAUUCACAAUAAAAAAGUUAAAUGAU